AUGGGCCACUCCACGAAACUGCUGACGCCUACUCAGACCGUUGGAGACAUAUUUACAGACCAGCUCCGCCAGGAUGUCUCAGCAUACCUUACUGGUGUGCUCGCUCAGUCUGGUAUAGGUCCGAUUAUCUUAUGGGGCGAAUGGGCAAUGUUGUACUAUGGCGUCCCAAUCAGUCCUAACCAUAUGCAUUUACUUGUUCCUGAUGACCAGCUCGAAACUGCUUAUGAAGUCUUGCUUUCUGCUGGUUACAAGGACUCUCCACUCCCCCUUAUUCCGGUGAUUAGUUCUCUCGAUCCCAAUAUUCGCUGGGAAGAGCUUGGGUGUCCAGCUCAUCGAAUCGUCAGAGAUCUUAGUCACGAGAAGACGCCCCGGAAGAUUCUCAUCCAAAAUUACUCCGCCGCCGCAUCGACAUUUGAUGAUGCAAAUCCCGCCUCAUUUGAACAAUGUGCUGGGCUGGCCAUACCGCCGUUGACGCUCCUUGGUCAAUCUUUCUUGCGCACGUACUUCAAAUCUUCCGACUGCAGGUCUAGGGUACCUUCCAUGCUUGCAGUGUGGUGUGCGUCGGUGAAAUUAUCCGGCUACGCACCACUGGGCGUUGAUGCGAUGCGCGGUGUGCCCGGGAUUAGCGAUGCAAUGGCAUUGUAUUGGGAGCGAGGCUACUAG